GGGCUGCGGGCUUGGGGCGCGACGGCGCGGGUCUGUGAGGUGAGCCCGGGCCUGGGCGGCGGCGGCGGCGGCGUGGCCGCAGGACCUGGCGCGGUGUCCGCGGCCUCCGGGGCGGGGGCUCCGGUCAAGAGGCCCCCUCCCCGGGGAGGAGGAGCCGGGGCAAGCGAGGCACCCGGUGGCGGCGACGGCGGCGGCGGCGGCCGCCGGGAACCAUGCAUCAGAAGCUGCUGAAGAGCGCGCAUUACAUCGAGCUGGGCAGCUACCAGUACUGGCCGGUCCUGGUGCCCCGCGGCAUCCGCCUCUACACCUACGAGCAGAUCCCGGUGUCGCUCAAGGACAACCCGUACAUCACCGACGGCUACCGGGCCUACCUGCCCUCCAGGCUGUGUAUCAAAAGUUUGUUUAUUUUAUCUAAUGAGACAGUAAAUAUCUGGAGUCAUUUGCUGGGUUUCUUUCUCUUCUUCACCCUGGGAAUAUAUGACAUGACAUCUGUCUUACCUUCGGCAAGUGCAUCCAGAGAAGAUUUCGUAAUUUGUUCUAUUUGUCUAUUCUGCUUCCAGGUCUGUAUGCUUUGCUCUGUGGGAUAUCAUCUUUUUUCCUGCCAUCGGUCAGAAAAAACAUGUCGAAGAUGGAUGGCAUUGGAUUAUGCCGGAAUUUCUAUUGGAAUACUGGGCUGUUAUGUCUCAGGAGUGUUUUAUGCAUUUUAUUGUAAUAAUUAUUGGCGCCAAGUGUACCUGAUCACCGUGCUUGCUAUGAUCCUGGCAGUGUUCUUUGCACAGAUCCAUCCCAGUUAUCUUACACAGCAGUGGCAGAGGCUCCGCUCUAUCAUCUUUUGCUCUGUUUCCGGAUAUGGAGUGAUCCCGACUCUUCACUGGGUUUGGCUUAAUGGAGGAAUCAGUGCACCUGUUGUACAGGACUUUGCACCGCGUGUAAUUGUGAUGUAUGUGAUUGCUCUUCUUGCUUUCCUAUUCUACAUUUCCAAAGUUCCAGAACGGUAUUUUCCAGGACAACUAAACUACCUCGGAUCAAGCCACCAAAUAUGGCAUAUCCUUGCAGUAGUGAUGUUAUAUUGGUGGCACCAGUCAACUGUGUAUGUCAUGCAGUACAGACAUAGCAAGCCUUGUCCUGACUAUAUUUCACAUGUGUGAAUUCAGGUAUGGCUACCUGGCAAAUUCGGUUGUUGAGCAAUAUUCAAUGGGGGAACUGUAGACCCCACUAUUUCUAAAGUUUCCAUUCCUUUUCUUUUUCUUUUUCCUGUUGUUUAAUGUAUCAUGAGUAAGGAUUUAUAAACAUGGAAAUAUAUACCUGGGUUCUGAAGUAAUAAUUGCUUUGUAGACCCUUACUACUACAAAUUUGCUGCUUACACAGAAGUGAAAAAUUGUGGGCCACCUCAAGAUAUAUCUGGAUAGCAACACUGAAUGUUCAGCUCAUGUACAAAUAGAGCCCAUUUUACCUAACACCAGCUUAAUUUCCUUAGGAAGGGCUCAUCUCCAAUUCAUGACUAUAGUAGAAGAUAUUUUCAUUAAAUUAUCAAGUUUAAGUGCCUAAUCAAGGCAGCGAUUGUUACAGCUUAUGCUUUUUGCAAGGUAAAAUAGUAAUUUUGAAUAAUCACAGCCUUUAAAUAAAUGGUUUAUGAGAAAGUGGCACUUAAGGUACUUCUUUAGCUAUAAACUUUAGAAACACACUGAGUUUUGGGGGGUUUUCCAGGACAAAAUCUUGAAAAUUCUUUGAGAGAUAUUCACAUGCAUUGCUAUUUUCAUCAUGUAAGAGUCACACUGGAAACGAAGGGCAUGAUUUAGCAACAAAUCCUGUGGUCUGUUUAGUAACAAAAUCAUUAUCCACUUAAACUUUUUAAUCCCAGAUAUUAAUUCAUAGUAUAAUUGAGUUCUUGAGAGUGGAUUUGAGAAGAUUUGAUCUCAGAAGAACUUUGAUCUCUUUUAAUUUGUAGCCCUGAAUUUCAUAAUGAAGGUUUCAGCCAUAUGGGUGCUACUUUCAAGGUCUUAAGAUCUAGAUAGAUGGCCAUAGGAUCUUGACCCUGAAAUAAACCUUGAGCCUUAGAAGACUCAUGCAAAUCUUCCACUUGAUAUUAUUCACCUAUACUUUAGUGUUCUGUUUAUGCAUGCAUUAGCAGUACAUUCAUGGAUAACUCAAGUAAUUUAUAAAUGCUAUCUAAAAUUUGGACCUGAAGCAUUAACUUGCUCUUGUUUUUACUUAUUUCACUGCCUAAUUAUACAGUGUAACUCCUUUGUCUUUUUCCCUUCUCAUAGGCAUAAAAUUAAAUGCUUUAUAGCAUUCAUACACCUUGUUUAUUAUAAAAUGUCAUCAAGGUUUCUUAAUGAGUUGACAAGUUGUUUUAAAUAUGGCUAUGUUUUCAAGACAGUGAGAGUUAACUGGGUAUCAUAAAAAUUUUACUUUGAAGCUUAUUCCUAAAAUGCAAAUUUCUAUACAUCCAGCCUUAGGAAAGUUACUUUAAUGUACCUCAGUUUAUGCUCCCAUAAAACAUCAUUUCUUCUAGAGUAGUGUUUCUGGAUUAUAAAUUCCCAAUGCUAUUUUGCACAAGGGGAGUUUUCUCAGAGUGGACUCAGUGCAGGCACACUGUAACAUAACAAUUGUGGUGGAAAGCUACUUUGAAAAUGGCUGUUGUAUCUCAUUAAGACCACCAAUUUGUAUGCUAAAUAUUAGGAAAUUUUGAUGUAACAACAGUAGGAUAAAAUGCUUGUAAAUACAUACUGAAUCAUUUUAGCCACAUGAAAUACACUGAUUAAAAGUGGGAGGAAAGGAAUUAUUUUAUGUGUGGAACCAUUUUUUUUGUAAGAUCUCAAAAAUAAAAAGCACUGAUUCUUAA